UCCGAAGGCCAGUUGGGUCUGUCCACCUGUAGGAUGAAGCCUUUAACUACUGCCUUCUCCUUCCUCGUUCUUGCAGCUGCUCUUGGAUUCCAGGCCCCCGGAAUCAUAUGUGCAGCAGAGAGAGAAGUCCUGAAGGCAGAGCCAGGACUUGCACCUCAAGUACUUCACCUAGGCUUUGAGGAGUCUUCCGACUGCUGCUUCUCCUUUGCCUCGAGGAUCAAGUGUUCAAAAUUUGUAUAUUAUUUCCCAACCAGUGGUAGCUGUAUCAAGCCAGGCAUCAUCUUUGUCAACAAGAAGGGGAACCGGGUCUGUGCCAACCCCAGUGAUCUGAAAGUUCAGAAAUGCAUAAAAGUCCUGAGGCCAAACUCAUGACCACAGACCUGCGAACAACAGCAUGUGCUUGAGAAGGAGGGCAUGUACAGCCGGCCAGCCACUUCUCUCCUGUCUUCCACAGUGACCACCUAAGGAGUGCUAAAUGUUCGUUUUUAUUAAUAGACAAAAGAUUUGCUUUUCUGUUCUAGUUUAAAGCAACACAGCUAGCUUUGUCACUAAGGGGGAACUUAUCUGUACCAACUCCAGGGAUCUGAAAACUGAGAAGUGCAUGAAAGCCCUGAAGCUGACCUCAGUGACUACACAUAGCGUGUGGUUAAGAUAAGAGGGCAAGGGCUGGCGAGAUGGCUCAGUGGUUUAAGAUUGCUGACUUCUCUUCCAGAGGAUCUGGGUUCAAUUCCCACUUACAUUGCAGCUCAAACUAACUGCAAUUUCAAUUCCAGGGGAUCUGAUGCCCCAUUCUGCCCUUUAAUUAGUAGUAUUUGCAGUAUUUUUAUGAAUUCACCUGCACUAUGACUAGCGCCACCUUGAGCUUGUAGCCAUCAUGAUAGCCUCAGAACUCUUGGGUUUUCCUGCAUAGCUUCCCAGCAGAUUGUUAAGUGGACAAAGUGGGAGAGUGGUCUGUGGGGUUUGAGAAUGUAUCUGGUUCUGACGUCAGCUUAAGUCAAACUGAAUCCACAACACCAGGAUAAAUUCCAUCUGGCCUUAGCCCAUACGUAUGCCCGUCCCAGCUGAUCUUCCCGCCAUCCCUAGUUCAG